GGGAGCUUGCUGCCUUCCAGGAAGCUUUGCAACGUGCUGGUGAAGGAACCGAAGCGAGGAGACCUGGGGAAGUUAACUUGUCAAAGAGCACAGCGCUGGCGUUGCCUGCGAGCCCCCGUCGCAGCUCUACAGCGCUGCAAACCAGACCGAGCAGGAGGCUGCUCCUUGUCCCAGGGCGCUUACGAUGGACGCACAAACACACGAGAGGGAAGCAGCCGGGGGGUGGACGCAAGGAAACAAUGAGGCAGUGUUAGCUGAAAGGCCGCGGGUUCAGGACACCGUUUGGGGCAUGAUUCUCGGUGACAUCGAGUGAUUUCAUAGGGCUGACUCACUCCGGGGCAGCUGGCACAGACCACGCUCCGUCCCCAAACCGUCCCCUCUGCCACCCUGCGACUGCCCCUGCUUCGGGGCAGGGUUUUCCUUCCCCAGCUGCGGCGUGUGCCAACCACCGGCCCUAUUCAGGGGUCUGUGCUGUAGGAGGUGUUUGACCGGAGCGUGAGCCGGCGGGGGCAGGCUGGGCUCUGCUCUCAGUGCCGGCCAGGUCCAGCCCAAGCAAGAGAAAAUCGAGGAGGAUCUGGGAUGCUGUCUCUUCCCUUUAAAGUGUGGGCAGCAAAAUCUUAUUCAGGCGAGGAUUCAGAGGCCAGGUGGCUUCCCCAGCCCCAGCCCCCAGAGCCACGAAGCAAACACAGAACCGUCCCCGUGUUUGCUCAGGGCCGCUGUCCCCGCUUGCCCGUAGAGACGAGGCCACAGGGGCCAUAACCCGGCCAGAGGCGCAGGAUGGGAGGCGCCGCGGGAUUUGUCUGCACGUCCCUGGCUGUCGUCACCUGCGUGGUUUGGUGCCGAGCCCAGAGUAGCACCAGGACCUACGGGCCCGUGUUUGAGGAGCAGCCUGCCCACACCCUCUUUCCUGAAGGCUCAGCGGAAGAGAAAGUGACGAUGGCUUGUCGAGCAAGAGCCAGUCCUCCUGCAACCUACAGGUGGAAGAUGAACGGCACGGAGCUGAAGAUGGAGCCAGAUUCCCGUUACCGGCUGGUUGCAGGCGACCUGGUGAUAAGCAACCCAGUAAAAGCCAAGGACGCUGGCUCCUACCAGUGCGUGGCGUCGAACUCCAGGGGCACGGUGGUGAGCAGGGAAGCCUCCCUCCGCUUUGGCUUUUUGCAGGAAUUCUCUGCCGAAGAGCGAGACCCCGUGAAGAUUACGGAAGGCUGGGGAGUGAUGUUUGCCUGCAGCCCCCCUCCCCAUUACCCAGGCUUGUCCUACCGAUGGCUUCUGAACGAGUUUCCCAACUUCAUCCCAGCCGACGGAAGGCGUUUCGUCUCUCAGACCACAGGAAACCUUUACAUCGCCAAGACGGAGGCUUCCGACCUGGGGAACUACUCGUGCUUUGCCACCAGCCACAUCGACUUCAUCACCAAGAGCGUUUUCAGCAAGUUCUCCCGGCUCAGCCUGGCUGCAGAGGACGCCAGGCAGUAUGCACCCAGCAUAAAAGCCAGGUUUCCUGCAGACACCUACGCUCUGGCCGGGCAGAUGGUGACUUUGGAGUGCUUUGCCUUUGGAAACCCCGUUCCUCGGAUAAAGUGGAGGAAGCUGGACGGUUCGCAGGCCUCCAAGUGGAUCUCCAGCGAGCCCCUCCUGCAGAUCCAGGACGUUGGCUUUGAGGAUGAAGGCACUUACGAGUGUGAGGCUGAAAACAUCAAAGGGAGGGACACCUACCAGGGCCGCAUCAUCAUUCAAGCUCAGCCGGAGUGGCUGAAGGUGAUCACGGACACAGAAGCCGACAUCGGGUCCGACCUGCGCUGGAGCUGCGCGGCAGCCGGCAAACCCCGGCCGGCGGUGCGCUGGCUGCGGGACGGGCAGCCGCUCACCUCCCAGAACCGCAUCGAAGUGAGCGGUGGAGAGCUGAGAUUUUCCAAGCUAGUCCUGGAGGACUCUGGCAUGUAUCAGUGUGUGGCUGAGAACAAGCAUGGCACAGUAUAUGCAAGUGCUGAAUUAACAGUGCAAGCCUUAGCACCAGAUUUUAGACUAAACCCAGUGAAACGACUGAUACCUGCAGCCCGAAGCGGGAAGGUCAUCAUCCCAUGCCAGCCAAGAGCAGCACCAAAAGCCACUGUGCUCUGGACUAAAGGGACUGAACUUCUGAUCAACAGUAGCAGGGUGACUAUUACCACAGAUGGCACCUUGAUCCUCCAGAACAUAAGCAAAUCUGAUGAGGGGAAAUAUACCUGCUUUGCUGAGAAUUUCAUGGGCAAAGCCAACAGCACAGGAAUCCUCUCCGUUCGAGACGCCACCAAAAUCACGUUGGCACCAUCUAGUGCCGACAUCAACGUCGGUGAGAACCUUACCCUGCAAUGUCACGCGUCCCACGAUCCAACCAUGGACCUAACGUUCACCUGGUCACUGGAUGAUUUUCCCAUUGACUUUGACAAGUCGGAGGGGCACUACCGGCGUGCCAGUGUGAAGGAAGCCGUCGGGGACCUCACCAUCCUCAACACCCAGCUGAAGCACUCGGGGCGGUACACGUGUACAGCCCAGACAGUCGUGGACAGCGCUUCGGAGUCAGCCACGCUGACUGUCAGAGGACCUCCAGGCCCCCCCGGGGGCGUGGUGGUGAGAGACAUCGGUGACACCAGCGUCCAGCUGAGCUGGAGCCGCGGUUUUGACAACCACAGCCCCAUCGCCAGGUACCUGGUUGAGGCCCGGACCCUGCUCUCCAACAAGUGGAAGCAGAUGCGCACCAAUCCUGUAAAUAUUGAAGGCAACGCCGAGACAGCCCAGGUGGUGAACCUCAUCCCUUGGAUGGAUUACGAGUUUCGGGUCCUAGCAAGCAACAUUCUUGGAGUCGGGGAGCCAAGCUUACCCUCCAGUAAAAUCCGUACCAAAGAAGCAGCACCCACUGUGGCACCAUCUGGGCUCGGCGGCGGCGGAGGGGCUCCCAACGAGCUUAUCAUCAACUGGACGCCCACGCUACGGGACUACCAGAACGGGGACGGCUUCGGCUACAUCUUGUCAUUUCGCAAGAAGGGCACCCAGGGGUGGCUCACCGCACGGGUGCCUCACGCAGAGUCUCUGCACUACGUGUACCGCAACGAGAGCAUCGGGCCCUACACCCCCUUCGAAGUGAAGAUCAAAGCAUACAACAGGAAAGGAGAGGGCCCAGAGAGCCUCACUGCCAUCGUGUACUCUGCAGAAGAAGAACCGAAAGUGGCUCCGUUCAGAGUUACGGCCAAGGCUGUUCUGUCCUCAGAAAUGGACGUGUCCUGGGAGCCCGUGGAGCAGGGAGACAUGACCGGCGUGCUUUUGGGCUACGAGAUCCGGUACUGGAAGGAUGGAGACAAGGAGGAGGCAGCUGACAGAGUGCGAACAGCCGGGCUGGUCACAACAGCUCACGUAACUGGCCUAAACCCCAACACGAAAUACCACGUCUCGGUCAGAGCUUACAACCGUGCUGGGACCGGGCCCCCCAGCCCCUCUACCAACGUCACGACCACGAAGCCACCACCAAGGAGGCCACCUGGCAACAUCUCCUGGACUUUUUCGGGGUCUACGGUCAGCAUCAAGUGGGACCCCGUGGUGGCACACGCAGACGAGUCUGCAGUUACGGGGUACAAGAUGCUCUACCGGCAGGAUUCCCACUCCGCUCCCACGCUGUACCUGGCCAGCAAGAGCCGGAUCGACAUCCCGGUCCCUGAAGACUUCACUCACGCCUUUGUGCAGAUCCGGGUGACGGGGCCAGGGGGAGAUGGGGUCCCCGCCGAAGUUCACAUCCUCCGGAACAGUGGGACGAGUAUGAUGGUGGAGGACUCUGUGACGAGGCCGGUGCCGCACGCUGUCAUCGUCACCAACUCGCUCGUAAUGCUGGCCCUGAUCGGCUACCUGGAGCUCUGAUGGUGGCCAGCGCAGCCGAGGACUCCCGGACACGCUUCCUCCCGAGGCAGCGGGGAACUGCUCAAUAUUUGGCUGCUGCAACUUCGUCUGUGUCACAGCAGCUUCACAGAGAAAGGAUUUGACAACGAUGUUUUAAGGGAGGAAGAAAAGAAACGGCUUUUUUUUUCUUUGGAAGAACACAAGAUUUCAUACAAGACAUGGGUCUUUAACCAAGCAAAGUUUUUUUAAAGAACUGAGUAACACAAGGAAUUCUACAUGAAUUCUGACAGCCAACUGCCCCAUACACUGUAUCGAGUAGGUUUUCUGCCUUAUGAAGCCAUGUACUAAAAUAGUCAGACUGCUAAA